AUGCAGACUCCAAAUACGGCUCAUUUCUCAAAUAUUUGGACUAUCAUUCGGGCUGCGCAAGGGCUGUUAGACGUCUUUACCGGCUUAUCUAUAACCGAUAUGCUUGCUUUGCCACCGCAUAUUUACGCUGGCCGCGUAAUAUACGCAGUAAUACUCCUAAUGAAACUACACAAAGGAGUUUCGGCGCGUGUAUGCAAAUUGAGUGAAGACAUCUCAGUCGGUCAGUUGCGCUUAGAAGAGUACAUUGAGCGGCUUUUACUCAUUUCGAAAGGGCUCACCGCGGAGGAUAGUUGCAGUUCUUUAAGUCGGGCGUUUUUAAUCAUGUCACAAUUAAAGAACUGGCUUCGCAGUGAUACACCCAAGUCGAUAUUCGAAAACAACGAAAGGUCGGUAGGCAAAGGGAGUCACGCUAAAAUCCGUGCCUCCCCAGUGCCCGGAAUUUCCAACCAGGCGCAGCUUCAACGGGGCCUAGCGAUUGGAUCGGAUACGCAAGUUUACGCAACUGCAGGCUACGCCAGCCCCUUGGGCGCACUCAAAUCUCAAUCUAAUAACAUGUUGUCGCAAUCUGGGAUUCCUGAAAAUACGGGUGAUAUGUCGAGCCGCGAGAUCGCUUCAGAUUCAUGGUUUUGGGAAUUCUUCAAUGUUGAUAUGUUCAAUUGA